UCUUCGUGCGGAGAGGAUCUUCGCUCUCCACCAUCUCUGUCCGCGGCGUGAGGAGCAGCUCGGGAGCUUUCAGCCAUUUUAUCAGCUGCUUCAUCACAUCUGCUUUAUUUCUCCCAGGUUACAUUUAACCCGGGUCAGGUGUCAGACCCGGGUCAGGUGUGGACGGACAGGUGUGACCCGGGGUAUCCCCUCACGUGACCCGGUGAUGCGGACGGACCGUGGACGUCGCAGCGACAUCAGAGCGUGAAGCAUCAUGGGAGGUGGUAGAUGGACGACCAGGCCGUGGGCUGACCGGAGCCGUUGACACCCACACACACACACACACACACACACACGCUCCUUUACACCAUGGAACAAGGCUUCAGCAUACACACGCUGAAGAAGCUAGCAGCAGAGGCUGACUACACGGACGUGUCUCUGACGGCGGCGGAGCGCGUGCGGGCGCUGGGGAAGAUGGGCUACAGCGUGGAGAUCAACGAGGACAUCGAGCCGAGACGGUACUUCCGCUCCGGCGUGGAGAUGGAGCGGAUGGCGGCGGUUUACCUGGAGGAGGGCAGUCUGGAGAACGCCUACGUCCUCUACACCAAGUUCAUCACGCUGUUUGUGGAGAAGCUGCCCGGUCACAGAGACUACCAGCAGUGCAGCGUCCCCGAGAAGCAGCUCAUCAUGAAGAAACUUCAGGAAGUCGCGUUUCCUCGCAAAGACGAGUUGAAGAAACGUCUUCAGGAAAAAUACAGCAGGGAACACAGCGAGUACCUCAGAGCCCAGAGCCAGCCCGUGGUGGUGGAUGGGUGUGACCAGCAGCUGCAGCGACUCUCUCUAUUGGACGAUGACAGGAGGCGUUUCCUGAUGUUGGAGGAGGAGAAACAACGAGUCGCCGCCCUGCGACGGAUGCAGAUAGAAUCCGAACAGUUCAGAUACUUUGAGGACCAGCUGAGGCGGCAGGAACUGGCCAAUAGGAGAGAAGAGGAGGCGGAGCCAAAGGCGGACAACAAAGUGCCUGAGGUGACAGACGGCUCCUGUCUGUCCAAGAAGCCAAUCAGAAACAAUGUUAGGACUCAAGGGGCGGAUCCUAACAGGAACAGGCCGCAAGCUCCCAUCAGCCAACCAGCCGCCACGCUGGCUGGAGUACACACUCAGAGAGUGGAGGGUCUGAGGCGGGUGGUGAUUCCCAGAGAUCUGACAUAUCGUUUCCUCCUGCUCGCCGACUCGAACACGACUCGAGGAAUCGAGACUUGUGGAGUUCUCUGUGGACGACUGACGCACAACGAGUUCAUGUUGACCCACGUCGUCAUCCCCAAACAGUCGGCCGGUCCUGAUUUCUGCGACAUGGAGAACGUGGAGGAACUGUUCAGUUUCCAGGACCAACAGAACCUGCUGACACUCGGCUGGAUUCAUACUCAUCCCACUCAGACGGCCUUCCUCUCCAGUGUCGACCUCCACACACACUGUUCAUAUCAGCUGAUGCUGCCGGAGGCCAUCGCCAUCGUCUGCGCUCCCAAACACAACGAUACUGGUGUGUUCAAGCUUACGGGCCCGGGGAUGUCGGAGGUGUCUGGCUGCAGACUGAAAGGUUUCCAUCCUCACUCCAAGGAGCCAGCUCUCUUUACUGUGUGCAAACAUGUGGUGGUGAAGGAAUCAAAAAUCAGCUUGUUGGACCUCAGGUGACAGACAGGGGUCGCUGUCUGUCCGUUUACUGCAAAGCUGUUUGUCCUUUGAAACUGUGAAUGUGUGAGUGUGUGUGCAUGUGUGUGUGUGAGCAGAUGAGGGAAAUUAAACUUUUUUGAAGGAAGCGUUUUAACACAUUCAGUGUUCAGGUUUCUGGGCCUUUUUGUGAGAUUUGUUCUACAAAAUGUUUUUGUGCUUUUGUAAUCAGCUCCUGGUUGUACUUUGAUAUAAAUUUAUAUUUUUGCUGUUUUAUUUUGCUGCAUCAGAAUUCUCCUGCGGUGUAAGAUGUGACGUGUUUUAAUGAAGAACAAAUACAAAGUUUUUUGUGAAAGUUGAAGUGACGGAGUGCCUUCUUUUGGAAAAACAACACCUGAAUUUAACCAUGAAUAUUGACUUGGUGCUUUCCUGUUUUCUCCUUUGACAGAAAAUCUGAGAUUUUAUGUAAUUUUUGUUUUUAUGAUAAUUUGUUAUUUAGUCAGCAUGGAGGGAGAAACCAUCAGAUCUUAGAUUUGAGGAGACGUCAGCAUUGUUUCACAGUGCAGAUAGUCACACUGAACCAAUCAGCUGUCGGCUUCACAGAGCCACAGACUCUAACCAACAAAUAAAAUUAACAUAUUUUCUGGAAAAAUGAAAACAAGUUUCUGUUAAGUUUCCAAAUUGUCACUCUUGUAAUCUCAAUUGAGUUUCCCGAUGAAGAAAAACUCAAAUCUUUAUUUUCAGAUUUCCUUAUUUUUAUUAUAAAUAUUAUAACAUUCAAAGGAUUGAUGCCACUCCUACACACCUGUCUUAUGAAGGUUAGUGCUGUGUAGGGAUGCAGAAAUGAUUUUGUUGAACUGAGUGUUUACCCUUUACAUGGACGAGUUCUCAGCUUGUGCACCAGCACGUUUCAAUGUUCAGGUGUGUGCGUUUGUGUGUGUGUGUGUGUGUGUUGAAGUUGGAGCAGUGUUUUCUGGAUGUCAGGCAGCAUCUGAAGUUUUUGUUUUUUUAAACCCAUUGCUAUUUUUUUGUUAAUAAAACAAAAACGCAUUCACAACCUCAAAAUCGUCAUUUGCUUCCUCCAUGUCUGUACGCCUCUCUUCUUCAGCUACUGACGUCAAACAAGAGAGGUCGAAAGCAGAUAGCGCCGUAUGCUUUGUAAAAAAACCAACUUUUGUCUAAUCGAUUAAAAUUGUCCAUGUUUGUGUGA